AUGGCCAAUGCUUCAUCUUUGAUCCCGACGGCAGUUCUCCAUGACCUCUCUCAUAAGCUAUAUGAAAAGCGCAAAAAAGCGGCUCUUGAGGGAGAUUUGAUAGGAUUGGCUGCUGCAACAGUAGGUUUGGCUUCGGAAGCAGCACAACAUCUAGAGCAAAUUGUACCACCAAUCUUGUACUCCUUUUCUGAUCAAGAUAGUAGAGUUCGUUAUUAUGCCUGUGAAGCUCUGUAUAACAUAGCAAAGGUUGUGAGAGGAAAUUUUACAGUGCUCUUCAAUCAGAUUUUUGAAGUUCUGUACAAGCUUUCCAUCGAUUCAGAUCCCAAUGAUAUUGUUACAGAGGGUGAUCAGUUCAGGUUUGAGACCUUUAAGGAUGAGGAGAAGCUAGGCGUUGUAGCUGGCAGAAUAGUUCCUAUCGGGUACACUGCAAAGGAGCGAAUACUUCAACCUGAAGAUGGAGAAUGCUGUAUGUGUCUUUGUAGGUACGAGGAUGCACUAGCAAUCCAGGCUCUUCCUUGCACUCAUCAUUUUCAUACGUCGUGUAUUGUGAAAUGGCUUAAGGUGAAGGCACUAUGUCCGAUCUGCAAGUACGACAUCCACAAGGGAAAAGACCAUGAGUAA